UUUAGUCGCCGAUACGCCACUUCGAAUAUGUAAAACUUUUCGCUGCAAGCUUAGGCCUUCCGGGAGUAGAAGCUUCAUUAUAGCGAUGUUUGCGUAAGGAAAUGGGUAUGCUUGUGCAUCGCGACGUUUUUUCCUGACCUGCAGCCAAAAUUAUAGCACACAGGCAUGCGGAUUCGCCAAGAUGUGUUAGGAUGAUGACGUGCCGUGCGCAAGACUGACAAGGCAGGAUGCAGAUCGACUACCUGAGUAACUGCACCUUAGCAGGCAUGGCACCUGCGUGGAUGUGCACGCCAGGCCAAGUCUACCUCUACCCGGUGGGCGGAAACGGCAGCUCGGACCUUGCAUGCGCCGGAUGCGAUUCUACUGAACUGUUCGAUGCUUCAUCCAUACCAGAACCGAUCGCCGACGAAUCCUCAUACGAUGCGCUCUUAGAAAGCAGCCGUUUCUGGAUACAGCGUGUACUAGUUCCCAUCAUAACGCUCAUCGGUGUCAUUGGGAACACCGUGACGAUCGUUAUCAUGACUAGGCGGCGGAUGCGGUCGUCCACCAACAACUACUUGGCCGCACUCGCCAUCGUCGACAUGUUGUACCUACUGGGCGGUUUCGCACUCUCGCUCAAGCACUACGAGUUCAUUCAGGAGAAAGGGCUGUUCAUCUAUUUCCGAUCCUUUCCCUUCCUCAUUCUAUUGACGGACACGUGCAGCAACACGUCCGUCUGGCUUACGGCGACCUUCACUGUGGAGCGCUACAUUGCCGUCUGUCACCCGAUUAAGGGAAAGGUACUCUGCACCGAGUCUCGGGCUAGAAAGGCCGUCAUAGGUGUCGUCGUAUUUUGCUUUGCGCUGACUCUACCGACACCGUUCGAAUACGCUGUGGUCGAAGAGAAUGACUCAGCCACCAACAUGACCAGAGUGAGCCUAAGCUAUUCAGAGUUUGGGCGCAAUGAACUCUACAAGAAGAUAUACUACUGGCUGACAGUGGUGCUCUUCACUCUGGUGCCCUUCUGUCUCCUGGCUGUGUUCAACGCGUUUCUCGUGCGUUCCGUGCACAUUUCGCGCAGGCAGCGUUCCAAAAUGGUACAGAGGACCGACUCCAGCCGCGACAACCAGGAGAACAAGAUCACUGUCAUGCUCAUUGCCGUGGUCAUCCUCUUCUUUCUCUGCCAGCUUCCUACAGCCGUCACGCUGCUCUACACGUCCAUCAGAAGCCCGGAGGAAGGUAGCGAGCAGGAGAAGCUCGUCUUUAUCCUGGGAAACAUUUUUAACUUCCUCAUGUCGCUCAACGCGGCCGGUAACUUCAUACUUUACUGCCUCCUGAGCCAGAAGUACCGGCGCACCUUCCUGCAGAUUUUCUGCCCUUGCGCUGAGGGUCGGUUCGUGAGGCUACAGUCUGUUUACCAGUACACAGGAACCGGCCUAAACCAAUCGGACGACCAUACCACUGCGACCAGCCGUCGUUUGAGCUCCGUGCGCUCGGCACGCUCCAAUUCGUCGGGACCUCUUGACGCCAAUGGAAAGAAGAGUGCACCGGCACGCGCUUGCUUGCUCAACGUGCCCGAAGAGUCCACCGGCGGGCGCAGAGCCAGUGACGCGUCUACCUGCGCUGGCCGACCGACAGGCUACACUGGAUCCUUCUGGUCAAGGCUUCGGCGCUCUACUAGCAGGAACAGUGGCCGAGCCAAUGCGGACAAUCGUGAAAAGGCCAAGGACUGCGUGGUAGUCAUCACUUCUCAGGGUGUGACGGAGAAUAGGUGUGUAGGACCGAAGGCAUAGGCGCCGUCUUUCGAAGAGCCCACUGCUGUGUGGAACUGGCGCUGCGCGUGCGAACGUUUACUGGCUGGUGCUGAGUAAUACUGGCAAAAAACAUUUUGCCCUUUCCGAGGCCUACGGUUGUCGUGAACUUUUCAGUGGUGUUGUGCGCCUAUUCAGCGGAAAUCUUCUUAUUAGGCCGGUGCUGGAACACGCUAAAAAAACACUUCCAGUUUUUUUGUGCCAUGGCAUCGCUGCAUAAGUUAAACGCUCAGCCGAGUGAAGGGUGAUGCUGCACAGGGCGGCCCCUUUCAUCCUCGUGUUGGUGGCCAUGCUCAGAGAAAUACUCUGAGCAUGGCAUUCAACUGCAGGAAACUCCUUAGUGACAGCGUCAGGCAGCAGUAGCACUUUAAUGAGAUUGUUCUCUUGUACGCGUCCACAGUCAUUGAAUUAGGAAAGCAGUAUGCGAAUGCGCAGUACGCAUGUUUUACCUUCACUGGUCACCUACAUAUCAAUAAUAAAUAUCAAGUGACAAUGAUGAGCUAUGGGUUAAAGCAAAAACGAAAAGCGUCGGCUCUGAGCAAUGCAUAGUGAAUAUUCGACACAAUUUCUGUGAACGGGAGUGCCCCUCGUAAGCAUUUAAAUUAUCAACUAUGUGUUUUAUUCAUUUCUAACAACACUAGGCUAGAUUCACGGCGAACAGUGUUGUGAAGGCAAGGAAGGCGAAGAGUUGAUGACAAAUUAGUAGCAUUCAACACGCCGAGCUUCAGGCACACCUGAUUUAAAUGAAGCACCAUGUGCAUAAGAAGCGUCAAAGCCUCCUACACAAUGUUUUUUUUUCUUUCUCGUCACUUAGUAGCGUUUCAAUGCCUCAUGCGUUCCUGGCAUGCAGGUCGCGGUGCUUUUUUGGGGUCAUAUGAAACAGAGGGCCGGAGGGGGUGAUACCUUCAGGGUAGUGUGUUACCAUUCUUGAGUGUCUUCUAUGUAGGUGUAGUUUUUGUCACCCACGUCAUGCUAGGUCCAACAGUGUAAACGUUAUUUCGCCUUCACAUUUUUGACCACAAAUGCACACUGAUGAACUCAGACACUGGUCGUACAUUUGCGUGUUCCUUUACCAGUCAUCCUUCGAGUGGCUAGUUCGUAUCUACCCAGCUUAAGCGUGCUUCCCAACGUUUGUUAUGGUUUCCGCAGAUCCUGUUGUCGUAAUUUAAGUGUCACGAGUGCUUCUGAGAAUCGAAAUAAAUACUUGUUGCAAUUUUUUUUCAGA